CAGUCUUCACACAGGCACACAAACACACACUCACAAAGUUCACACAUGUUCACGGUGGAAAAGUUCAAAUGCUGCUUUACGAUCGUGCUCAGGAACGGAUUUAAAGCUUUGAACAUCAACCAGACAAAGAGGUGAGUGAUGUCGGUGAAGUCCAGAAGCAAGAACCCGUAUGCCGCGGUGCAGGUGGACCCAGACAGUGAUUAUAUCACACCAGGAACAUUAGACCUGGAACAGAUGUUCUGGUCUGGAUCCGGGGCUCAAUACAUGCAUGUUGAUCAAGUCUGGCCCAGAAUCUACAUCGGAGAUGAGAAAACAGCUCUGGAGUGCUGCGGCCUGAGAGACCUGGGGAUCACACACGUCCUCAAUGCUGCAGAGGGAAAGUUCAAUAACGUGCUGACUGGUGCUGAAUACUACAGUGACAUGGACAUUCAGUACUUUGGUGUCGAGGCUGACGACAAACCCACCUUUAAUAUCUCCCAGUACUUCUGCCCUGCCACCCAGUUCAUCCACGAGGCCCUCAGUCACCCAGAGAACAAGGUGCUGGUGCAUUGUGUGAUGGGUCGGAGCAGGUCAGCCUCACUGGUUUUGGCGUAUCUGAUGAUGAAACACAGAUUAACGGUGGUGGAUGCUAUUGCGCAUGUGCGACAGCGACGCUGCAUCCUGCCAAAUCACGGCUUCCUCAAACAGCUCAGAGCUCUGGACAUCACAUUACAAGAGGAGAGGAUGAGAGAAAGGAGAGAAAUGCAAGACCAGGACCAGAAAACGACAAUAGAGACAUGA